AUUCAUACUACGCACUCAAUCCGAUAGGGGCACUGUAGUCCAUAUUAAGUCUGAAAUACUUCCUUUUCCUGUGCACCCUUAUGACAUGCUCAGUGUUUACGUGGACUCGUGAGAGCGCACGUGUUUUGGUUUGGUCGCAAGUCAUGUAACUGUGUUAUUUUUGCCCGGCCUACCCCAGUCAAUACAAUUUUAUUGUAUAUCUACGAUCGUGUUUCCCUCUCUGAAAUGGAGACAGUCAUACCGAUAAACCGCGGGGCAACCAAAUGGGACAUCCGGAAGAAAGUGUGGGAUUAUAUCGAAGCCAACAAUCUUGCCAAUUUUCCAAGGCCUGUCCACAAUAGGAUUCCCAAUUUUAAGGGAGCUGCCCAGGCUUGCAAUCAGCUCUCUGUCCUGCAGGAGUUCAAGUCCAGUAGUGUGGUCAAGGUGAACCCAGACAAGCCCCAGGAGCAGGCGCGCUACUGCACUUUGGAAGCUAAAAAAACAUUGCUAGUCCCCACGCCUCGUUUGAGGACUGGGCUGUUCAACAAGAUCACUCCUCCACAAGGAGCGAGUAAAGAGGACCUGCGUAUAUGCUCCACCUCACAGGGUGUGAGGGACUUCAGUGUCCCGGUCGGUCUUGAUGCCAAAGUGAAAGUAGAUCUUAUUGUAGUUGGGUCUGUGGCUGUGUCUGAAAAAGGCUAUCGCAUAGGGAAGGGUGAGGGCUUUGCAGACAUCGAAUAUGCCAUGAUGGUCGCUAUGGAAGCUGUAAAUGAGUCUACUGUGGUUGUCACAGUUGUUCAUGACUGCCAGGUAGUGGAUAUUCCUGAAGAACUCAUUGAAAGCCAUGACCUCACCGUUGAUUACAUUCUCACUCCAACGAGAGUGAUCAAGACAGGAUGCACACAUCCAAAGCCACCGGGCAUCAUUUGGUCAAAGAUAGACGCAGACAUGUUGGAGAAGAUCCCCAUUCUGAAGAAACUCCGAGCUCUGGAACAGCAGGCAGGAAAAGACGUCACUCUCAAGAAGAGUCCCGAGGGAGGAGAGAAGGCCGACAGGCCCAGGAGGGAACCCAUGAGGGACCCCAAACGAGACCUGAAAGGCCCCUCAGAGCGGCCCAAGGAGGGGGAACCGGAGGAGGUGGCGGGGAAUGGGGGGGGCAGCGUCCCAGAGCCCAGGGCAGCCAGCCAGGCUUCUGUCACCACCGUCUACUUGGGGAACAUACCGGCGGGCGUGCGUGUGAGCGAGCUCAAGAGUGCCCUGAGGGAUCAAGAGGUCGUGCCACUCCGGCUCACCUGGCAGGGCGCUCAGCACAGGGCCUUCCUGGACUACGGCAGCCAGCAGGGCGCUGACCAUGCCCUCGCUGCCCUCCAAGGCCUCUCCAUACACGGACACACCUUGCAGCCAGAGCUGGCCAAGAGCCAGAGGGGUGACCGCAGACCCAGACAGGCACACCAGAGGAGACCCAAGACCUCUGCAAACACCUCUGCGGCUGCACCUGACAACACCACCGGUGCAGCCGUCACAGCCAAGCCUAAAACGAAAAGACCAACCCCCCAGAGGAAGGUGGAAAAUCUGCCUCCUUCCUAAUAGUCUAGACACUGUCCUGCACCGUCAGCAGAAAGGAAAAAGGUCCUACUGUUUUUUUUGUUUUGCACAAUGACUACAGGGUUGUUGUGUUUCGAGGAACGGUUAUUUUUAUUUAUGUAGAAGCUUUCAUCAAGCUCGGAACUGAUGAAUUUGCAGUGGUUGCAGUGUUAGUAUAUACGUUUGUGUGAUGCCGUUAAGGGGAGCACAUUUUCAUUUCCUGACUGCUGGGAUUAAUUUACCUGGAUCUUUUAUAUUUCAGGAAUAAUUUGCCGUAAAAUUCAUGGAAAUGCAGAGUACAUAUGAAAAUAAAUUUGACUUCAAGUUGUUACAAUUCUGGCAAUAUGUUCUUAAACCUAAACCUCAAAUGCAAGUUGACUGACAGAGUUCUCCUCAUUCAAAAAUAUACUUGGGGUUGGAUAAAACAUAUAAAUGUCAUAUGAAACUAUUGAAGGCCAUGAAGGACUGGAUUGCUGUGGUUUGUAUUCCACAGCUGAAGUCUUGCGAGGGAGAAAUCCACAAGCAGUCAAACAAGAUACAGCCAAACAAGACAAAUUGUGUGCUGGCCUCUUUGUAUUCAAACUUAAUUAACUGCCUCUAGCCUUUUAAAGGGAACAUGGCUAUUUUAUGGAGUGAGGGCCUCACUUCAUUCCACUGUUGGAGUUCCUCAAUUCAUACACAGGGGAAGCAUAUCAGAAAGCUUGACAAGUCCAAUUAGUCUGGCUUGGCUUUGGUAUGCUGAGGCUUCAGAUAAGAUGACCCCUGAGCACACAUUUGCGAAGCUUGUGCGUGCAGUGGUUGUUGGUCCUAAGUAGGAUCGUAAAGUCAACUUCUCGUGUCUUCAGAAACAUUACUGCUCCAACAUUUUACUGCUUCAUGCAUGUAUUUUUUUUUCUUGUUGAAUUUGGAUAAAAAAGCUGCACAUAGCCCACUAGUUCAUCCCUACCAAUGUUAUUCAGAUAUCUUACAUACAAGUUGUUUUACGGAUCCUCUGUACCCGUAAUAGGAACUAAAUCUUGUCUUGAUCAGCUGCAAUUUUUGGGUCAAAGACAAAAUGUAGGUCUUCUGGUUUUUUCGUAUCUCUGUAUCUCACAUGUGGUUUGUCUCCCUUGCUUCUGUGUGAAAUUCUGAAAGCCUACAAACCAUUUUAAAGACACACAAAGGAAUGCGUAGGCAACAAGCGGCUACUGCACGAACAUAUAAGUACAGUGUGCUCUGCUGAUUCCAAAGCCCCCUUUUCAGUUUGUGGCAGAUGUACGGGAUCAGCGUGCCUUUGAGUCUUCAGGCCAGCACAGGCGCAGGCCUUUUUAAUGGUUCUGUCACCCGCCCUGGCUAACAGCUGUGGGCCGCAAACAAGAAUUUAACUCCUUGUCCAGGCCAAAAUGCUCCGCUCUGGCUAACGUCAUCAGCAGGCUAAUGUGUGGUCCCAGCUCUGCAGAGAAAUGGACUCGCUGCACUCCCGUGCUCAUACAAGGAGAAUUUCUCCGGGUUCAAAGCUUGGUCACUAGUCAAGAUAAAGCAGUAAUAUAGGCUAGAAGACAAGUAGAGGGCCAACAUGGAGGAGCUACCAGAGGCAUGCUUAAUAGCAAUCCUAUUUUCUGUUGGACUGUUUGUCUAUCAGAAACAGGUCCACAACCACUACUUAACCUGUUAUGAUAAACACUGUACAUACUGAGUUAUAUUUGAUAUGACUCAUACCCUGAAGUCUGAAGAAAGUGAAUAUGGAUGUUAAACAGCAAUGUGAUUCUGUUGAAUGCUUACUGGGAUAAAAGUACAAAUUAAACAUUUUAUGACUGCA